AUGAUUGAAAUGUCGAGGGACGAGUUAAACCAGCUAGUUUACAAAUAUCUUGAAGAUGAAGGAUACAUAUACACUCUUUUCACAUUCAAAAACGAAGCCGCACCUAGUGAUAAGCCUCUUGGUCAUAGUUUGGUAUCUCUUGUAGGGAAAGGGCUGCAGUACAUAUAUGGUACCGAGCAUCUGAAUGGAAACGAGGUAGUUGAGUGUGAUGCAAAGUUCUGUUUGUCCGAGGAGCAUGUGUGCAAGUUUAAAAAGAAGGAGGAUGCAAGUGCCGAUGCACUCUAUGGGUUGAAGAAGGAGGGGACGAUGGUUGUUGAUGUUGAAGAAGUUCGUUUGGGCAAUGUAGGGAGUGAGUUACUUUCCUGCUGGAAUAAGGAAUGGCUGGGUAUCUACACGACGUCUGGAGAGGUCCUUGGACUUGGAAGUGAAGGGUUGCUCUGGAAGAGAGAGAUGAAAAAGGUAACAGCUUUGUCUUGGAGCGAUGACAAUUUAGUUGUUGGAAACGAGGGCGGUGAAGUAAUAACAGUCAACAUUUCAAGUGGAAGGACAAGGAGCCACACAUGCCAUAGCAAGGCUGUCACAAAAGUAAAGCAGCGUGGAAUGGGAAUCCUUUCGUCUGGAAGAGAUGGGCGUAUAGUUAUGAUGAACAACGGAGUUACUGAAAUGAGUGUUUCUGAGUGUGGGGUGGAAGAUAUUGCAUGGGUGGGGGAGAAUGAAGUUGGAUGCAGCCUAAGUGAUUUUUCUGUUUCGUUUGUAAAUAGCAACGAGCUCAAAGUAUCAAAAGUGGGCACUCAUGAAGACAAGAUAAGUAACAUAGAGCAUAAUGAGGAGAUACUCUCAACAUCUUCACAUGACGGCACUCUCGGAUUGUGGGAUAUUGUUUCAAUGAACGGAGACAGAAUGAAUGUCCAUGAUGGGCGUGUUAACUGCCACAAAUGGAUGAAUGGUAGGAUUGUGACCUGUGGGUCUGACAGGUUUGUCAAGGUCUGGGAUAUGGAGAAGGCAAUGCCUAUUCACGAGCUAAACCAUGAGGAUGAAGUUAUAUCCGUUGACUGCUCAUCACGCCUGGUUGCAAGCGGAUCUCUAGAUGGCAGAGUGAUCCUAAGCGAUUAUAGAUGCAAUGAAGCUUACAGAUACAAAGCAGAUGGAAGCAUUUCGAAAGUUUUAUUUUCUGAGAGCGGGUCAUAUUUAUGUAUCUGUAUAUCUGGCCAUCCACCAAAGUUGAUAAAUCUUAGGUAUUUCUAA